CGUCUGUCUCCUCUCACAUCUGUAAUUUUACCCUCUCAACUGAAUGUGAAAGAUACUAGGUAAAAAUGACUGACAGUGUUACUUAUUCCGUAUUAGCAUUUUCUACUGCACCCCAAGUCCAGAAUGACUGCAGACCACAGCAAACAGCUUCUUCCAGAUCCUCUCUCUCUCACUAUGUGGCGGUAGCUUUGGGGCUUCUGAGUGCCAUUCUAGUGAGUCUGCUGCUCUUCCAGGGGAUUCUGUGCCAGGGUUCCAAAUUCUCCACCUGUGCCAGCUGCCCUAGCUGCCCAGAUCGCUGGGUGAGGUAUGGUGACCACUGUUACUACUUCUCCGUGGAGAAGAGGGACUGGAAUUCUAGUCUGGAAUUCUGCUUAGCCAAAGAUGCACGUCUCCUUAUGCUCACAGACAACCAGCAGCAAAUGUUCCAGCUCCCAAAUUUCCUCACUCAGGACUUUUACUGGAUUGGUCUGAGAAAUAAUUCUGGCUGGAGAUGGGAAGAUGGAUCAGCCCUAAACACCUCAAGAAUUCUUUUAAACAGCUUAGUACAGAAGUGUGGGACCAUCAGCAAAGAGUAUCUCCAAGCCUCUAGCUGUGAAGUUCCUUUACCGUGGAUCUGUCAGAAGGUCAGGCUGUGAUGACUGGUCAGGCUGUCAUAUGACUCCCUACAAAGAGGGAGCUGGCCCCUGGGUGUCAGGCUACCCAUGACUCAUGGCUUGUGCAAGCUACCCGACUACGAUGCGCGUUAGAUGUAAGACGAGUGCAGUCGCCCUGGGUUGAUGGUAUAUUGCUGGGCUCUCUUUGAGAGUAUUUAGAUAUUAUCUUAACAGUUCGCAGACUGGAUGUAGGCAAAUUUGUGAAACAGAGAAGGUUUGUUUUUAGUAUUUCUCACUCUAGUGACUACCCCUGCCUCCUGCGUCCUCAUCAUCUCUGCCAAAAAUGUACUUUUUUCCUGUUAUUUUCUGAGCUGACGAAAUCUGUGCAGACAUGUACCAACGCCAGUGUACUAGAGGGUUUUUAUGCGUGCUAGUGGGUGGACAUGCUACUUCACCCUGAUAGUAUAUUUUGAUUCAAAUAGUGGUCCUUUGCAGAUAAAGCUGUGUUCUGAAGAAUAAUGCCGGAUGGUGAGAAAACAGGUUGUGGAAAGUAGAUGAGAGUAAAGUGGUGCUUUGAUUCUCAGCGCUUCACACUUACACAAUUGCCUUGACUCUCAGAAAAAUUUAAUUUUUCUCUGAGAGUGCGUAGGCGGGGUUGAAUAAACCAACCCGUGACUACCUUUUCCAUGUGAUGAACGUGAUUUGCAUUUUAAUUUCACAACAGUGGUCAAUCUGGUAAGGCAUUUUUAUAGAGAAAAAUUAACGGAGGCAGCUUAUGUGAUUGAUCCCCAAAUUAUCUUAGGCACGCAUGCCUCAAAAAUGAGAAAACCGUUAUUGUUUCUCUUUAGUAGGGUUUGGACACAGAUAAGGAGGGAAGGCGUUGUUUAAAGGUACAGGAGGGAGUGACGAAGGAGACCGUAAUUCUGCUCUGUCGAUGACACUGGGUUGCGAUGUUGACUUGUCUUUCUCUUUUGUAGUAUUUUUAGGACGUGGACUGUGUCUUAGCCACCCUUGUAUUCCAAACACCUAACAUAGUGCUUGCAUCAGUGAAUAUUAAAUACAUGAAAGGAUAAAUAAAAAAACCAUUUAAAAAUU